ACCAACCCUAGCGGCUACUUUUCUCUGGGCAGCGUGGUGGCUGUGGAUGCCGGUGAAGCGUUCUCGGUUUUAUUUCGACAGAAUUGUGUUUAAACGUUGAAGAUUCAGCUUGAAAAUGCCUUGUCGAAAGGAAAACUACAUCUUUUUGGAGCAGUCCGUGACCGUCGACUCUAAAGAAGUGGACGCUCUUGUGACAAAAAUCGGUGAGGCGCUUCAGCUGCACAACAAUAGCGCUACACAGCAGACGGUGUCGCGUCUCCACGGUCUGACCAGCAGCAGCAGUAACAUCAACAACAACAGCAGCAGCAACAACACCGCCAGCGCACACAAGAGAAACGGCUGCUGUAUACGGCUCCGGAGCGGCCGGAAAGCGACCCGGGCGAGUCCAUACAACAUCCCCGGCUCCAGCGAUCAGGAAUGGGACCACUUCGCAACGUGGAACCGAAAGGGACUCGACGGAACGGGGAACGACGACGACAACCCCCACCAGCUCCUUCAGGAACUGAUCUUAUCUGGGAACCUCAUCAAAGAAGCGGUCAGGCGGCUUCAGUUUUCCUCCGAGUCGCGCCGCGAUUUCUCUAAACAGAUCGACUGAAACUGAGCGCCAUCAGCAGGACCGUGUCGGGCUGGAUUAAGAAUAAGAUGGCUAUCUGAUCUGAUUCGGAUUCUGAUCCUCACCCGACCUGGUUAACUGGAUGACCAGCGAGUUCAUGAGCUAUCACGAUCAUAUUCAUACUUUUUUUUUUCUUUAAGUUUAUAAAAAACAAACUUUACUAAGCCACGGUGUUGGAUUUAUUAAAAAAAAAGACUGUAACGUUAUUUCGACUGUUAGCUAGAACUGUUUUGUUUUGAAAUGUGACUAAACGUUGAGUGUCACUAGCAUUCGAGCUACAAGACUUGGGUGUCUUUUUGUUUGUUUAUUUGGAAUGAAAAUGUAAACGGCAAGUUAAUUGUCCUUAACGCCACACGUAGUGUUAAUAACAUUGUGUGUGGUGGGUAUUUUUAUUUUUCCUUUUCCCCUGUUUGCAGGCUAGUAGACCAAAUGGUCGGUACACCAUGUUUGGGUAGCAAGUAAGAGGUUAGCAUUGUGCCCUUGGCGUGCUACCUUUUGUUUACAGUCUUGCUAUCAUUAGCUUGGUGUGUGUGUGUGUGUGUGUGUGUGGGGAUGGGCCACUGGUACUUCAACACUUCUGUCUCCCAAAAUGUGUUCUCACUGAACAGUAUGUACUUUAUUGCUUGUUUGUCUGUAUUUGGACUUUUUCAAGCUGUUUUCUACACCCAUGUGGAGUUCUCAACUGAGUCUCACUGGAAACACAGGAACUGUUUGGUAUUUUCAAGAGAAUAUCACUUUGUAAAGUGUGUGUGUGUGUGUGUGUGUGUGUGUGUGUGUGUGUGUGAGAGAGAGAGACGCCGAGAUUUAUUUUUUUUUUUUCCCCCAUCAGACUCUCUGGUGCUUUCAGAAUUCCUGUCUGGAGUUCGUCUGUUUCUCUGCUUUCUCUGUCAUGUCUGUAUACUUCGUAACGAAGUCAUUUUAACAGCCCUGAUUUUUAUUUUCAGGCAGUUUGGUCUAUAAUAAACACGAUGGAUUUUUUUCCCCCUUUUUCAA